AUUCAUGUUUAUACCAUGCGUAAAAUGUACACCAGGUUGUAAUAGAGAUACAUCUAAUAACAUAGUCAAUUUAUGAAAAUACUCUGUCUAAGGUUGAAUUGUUUGCUUAAUAAACUUAAUUCUAUAUUUUUGUACCAUUUAUUAAAAUGUCAUCUUGGAAAAAGGCCUCUAAAAUAAAUCAAAAAACUCAUAGAGAACGACACCAACCAGAUGUUCGUCAAAAAUUUGGUUUAUUAGAGAAGAAAAAAGACUAUAAAGUUCGAGCUAGACAUCAUCAAGAGCGUAAUCGAGUACUCAAGCUUUUAAAAAAACGUGCUCAAAAUCGUAACCCAGACGAAUUUUAUUUUCAUAUGGUGAAAUCAAAGGUUGAAGAUGGCAGACAUACAGAUAUACGUGAAGAAGAUGAACAUACUGAAGACCAAAUUAAGCUAAUGCAAACCAGAGAUUUAAAAUAUAUUAAUAUGAGGGCUACUAUGGAAAGAAAGAAGGUUGAACGUCUACAAUCAGAAUUACAUUUUCUAGAUGACGCAAAUAAAGUACAAAAUAAUCACAUAUUUUUCGAAGAUGAUGAAAAAAGUUCAGCUAAUUUGGCAGAAAAAUUAAAAACUCAUCCUGCAUUAAUUAAUCGUAAAACUAACCGCCUAAGGAUAACUGAUUUAGAAAAAAUUGAAUUACCUGAUUUAGAUGAAGAUACAAUCAAAGAAAUGGUUAGUGUAAAACGAAAGGCAUACAGAGAACUCGAAAGAAGAAAGAAUAGAGAAAAAGAAUUAGCAAUUGUACAAAGAAAAUUAGAGAUCAAAACUCAUUUACUAGGAUCUAAGCAUGAACCACCGAAGAGGAUAAAACCAGCUACUAAAAAUUCUGCCCCAAUAUAUCAAUGGAAAUAUGAAAGAAAAAAAUAAUUGAUUUCUUAAAUAACUGUUUUAAUUUAAGCAAUAUUACUACAUUAUAAACAAAUAUAUAAUUAAUGUAACAACUUAAA